AUGCUCUCUGAUCCCUGGGAACAAUUGCUUCCGGAUUUCGCCGACGCUGACAUCAUCCUCGACAAUGGAAUCGUCCAGCCCUUGCUUUUCCGAGGGGGGUUAGAAUUCGUCACCUCGGCUGAUGGACAGUCCGUCCAGUCCAUUUUCAGCCCGGUGACAAAGUUUGGACGCAGUGUCGUGGUUCUCGUCUCCAGGCCGCUUAUCGGAGAGACAGUCGAUCUCAUUAAGAGGACCGUCUCCAGUCAAGAUUGGAAAAACGCUUUCGUCUACACAAGCGUAUCAACGUCUACUCACUUUCACCUUUACGGAUCGGUGACAGUCUCGGAGAGUGCCUUUUACCAGCAGUUCUCCGACAAGUUGCGGGAAUCCAAUCCAUCCCUCCAAAAGGUCUUGACGAAGGCGAUUCCUGCCCUUCGAAAUCUUUCGUUUUCGAACAAAUUUUCCAACGACUCCAUCGAGCUCAUUCAAUCGCAGAUCCGUCCUCUCUUCCAGAGCCAAAUUCAUCGCAUAGGCUCUCCCAAUGUUCCCGGUUUCUCAUUCCACAAUCUUCCGAAGCAAGACCAAAUCGAGAUUUUGUCCUUCUCCGCCGUCCUGGCUGAAAUGCAAAGUGGUGUCGAAAUGUCCCUGUGGGCAGCGGGCGAAAUCUCGAAAAUUGUUGCUGAGCGUCUCCUGCAGACAAAUAGUAAAUCAGAGCUCAAUCAGCAAGCAGUGCUUCUUUUUGACCGGCUAGUAGAGUUCGGGAAAGAUAAACUCGAGCCAACAGCGGCUGAUCUCAUCUUUGCUGCCAGUAACCCGUUACUCCCUAUCAAAGAAGGAGGCGCCGAUCUUGGAUCGAGUCUACUCUUUCCGAGAAAUUCUGACGACGUGAAGCUAUUUGAUGCGCUGAAAACGGAGAGCCUUGAAUACUCGAAGAAGGUGGUUGAGAGUAUAAUUUCGAUGAAAGCGAAUAUUAACGGCGACUUGCGCGAAAUGGUUGAAAAACUGAAAAAGAAAAAAUCGUUUUGUCUUGAGAAUGAAGGUCUUUUCUCCGCCGCACAAUUGUUAUCGGGAAACUUGGCCUCUGUUUCGAUGGAUUUUGGCAGUUUGAAAACUAAAAUUUCAAGCUAUCCAGAGGAUGCUCCCGUCGAGCUUCUCGUGGCUGACUAUCUUCACUACCUUUCGACUUUCGACCUGACACGCGUGUCGCCAGAGAAGAGAGAAGAGUUUCAAAUUCUGGAAGCAUCUUUUGCUUUAUAUUUGAACAAAUGUACACCCAACCAAAGAAUGAAAGCUUUCCCAAUGUUUUUUCUUCCGCCAAAUCCAACGCUGGAUGAAAUCAGAUCAAGGGUGGAGCAGCGUUUUGGUCAAAUGAAAGCGGACCUAGCAAUGUGCAAUAAGCGGUACGGCACAUAUGGCUCGGCCCAAAUCCUAGAGACACUACUCAUAGGCAUGCCUGUCCCGAACUUCAUCGAGAAAAUUGAAGACGGGCUCCUUGGAAAGUUAUCGUCGGGAUUUGGCUUCUUUGGUGGAAAUGGGUCGGCGAAACCCUCGCAUCCUAAAGACUUCUCAAGGAUACUCGUUGUUGUCAUCGGCGGUCUGACAUUUGCAGAAGCGAAGCAGAUCAAAAACCUGGAAGGCAAAUUCAAUGUAGAUAUUCAAGUCGUCACGAAUACCGUUUUCACCCCAAAAACAAUGACUCAUCAUUUAUCGUGA